UGCUGUGUGGCUAGUGUGGACACACUGGAGAAAUUUUCAUACUAGUAAGCUGUGAAAAGUAUUUUGCGGAAAUAGAUUUGAAAAAUUCAAUAUUUCGAAGCUAUUUCGGCCCUACUAUCCAUCGUUUUUGGAAUACUCAGGAGCAGCGCUACAAUAUAAAACAGAAAAAUGGCCGAUGUCAUGAAUAUAGACAGCAUAAUAUCACGUCUUCUGGAAGUGCGUGGGGCACGGCCAGGCAAAAACGUUCAGCUCUCUGAGGGCGAAAUUCGUGGGCUCUGCCUCAAGUCGCGCGAGAUAUUCCUCUCGCAGCCCAUUCUGCUGGAGCUGGAGGCCCCGCUGAAGAUUUGCGGCGACAUUCACGGUCAAUAUUACGACUUGCUGCGCCUGUUCGAAUAUGGUGGCUUUCCGCCGGAGUCAAAUUACUUGUUUUUGGGCGACUACGUUGACCGUGGCAAACAAUCGCUGGAAACCAUCUGUCUGCUGCUGGCCUACAAGAUAAAAUAUUCCGAGAACUUUUUUCUGCUGCGCGGCAACCACGAGUGUGCCAGCAUUAACCGCAUAUAUGGCUUCUACGACGAGUGCAAGCGCCGCUACAGCAUCAAGCUAUGGAAGACCUUCACCGAUUGCUUCAAUUGUCUUCCCGUGGCUGCCAUUGUGGAUGAGAAGAUAUUCUGUUGCCAUGGCGGUCUGAGUCCAGAUUUGACUUCGAUGGAGCAAAUCCGUCGCAUUAUGCGCCCCACUGAUGUCCCGGAUCAGGGUCUGCUCUGCGAUCUGCUGUGGUCCGAUCCGGACAAGGACACCAUGGGAUGGGGAGAGAACGAUCGCGGCGUGAGCUUCACAUUCGGAGCCGAAGUGGUGGCUAAAUUCUUGCAGAAGCACGAGUUCGAUCUCAUCUGCCGUGCCCAUCAGGUGGUCGAGGAUGGCUACGAGUUCUUCGCGAAGCGUCAACUGGUCACCCUCUUUUCGGCACCAAAUUACUGCGGUGAAUUCGAUAAUGCUGGCGCCAUGAUGUCCGUGGACGACACACUGAUGUGCUCGUUCCAGAUCCUGAAGCCAGCAGAUAAACGUAAAAAGUAAUAUCAUUUAAACCUAACAAAUCCUUUUCUAUACAAAAAACAAAAGAAACAACCCAAGAGAAAAUAAAAAUGCUUAGAACCCAUCGGAUCGUGGAUUGAACCGUAGGCAGGCCAAGUCGAAACAACUACAUACCAGCAGCCACACCUGCAGAGGGGAAGAGUAUCGAACAACCACACACACAUACACACACAGACACACAUAGUCCAAUCCGACGAACCAAUGACCUCCUGGACAAACAUCUAAUGGAGUUUUAAUCAAUUGAGAUAUGAUCAACAAUUACAAAACAAACAAUUGACAAACAACAUAAUUAAAAGCAAACAUAUUUAUUUUUAAAACCCAAUCCCAUAUAAAUACGUAUAACGGGAUACGAUCAUACACACAAUCACAUUUACAUACACACACACCUGCAGAUUAAACAGGUCCGAAGAGGAGAAGGAGAGGAGAGCUCCCAGCAGAAAUAGGAACAUAUUUGACGCCUGAAAUUCAGUCGGUCAAAGGACAAAACAUAUACAUAGAAGAAGGGGUCCUGUAAAGCUCUUUGGCCUUAAAACAUUCAACAAAAAGAUGAAACAAAAUAGGGAAAAUGAUAAAAAAGAGAAGAACGCUUGCCAAGAAAGUGAACCGAAAACACUUAAGUUUCGACCUUCAAAUUGAAACAGAAGAAAAUCGGUUUUUUUUAGUCCACCAACCCCUGCAGCUUGAUGAAAUGAUAAGGGACGACGACGCGCCCGCCAUGCACUCCGACGUCAAUACAAAAUCAAU